AUGGAUGGUGACGGACCUGACGAUUGGUGCAGUCACAUUGAGUCCGAGCAGCGACGACAUGUCUUCGGCGAGUGCCCGUGUCGCAGCUGGUUCGACUUCACCGUCGAGCUGCGCGUCUGCAACUGUAACCGGGCCUGGGGCGGGUGCGUCGACGGCAUCAGGUUCUGCCUUCCUAAUGAGCACUUCGACAGCAGCGGCUGUGCAUCGUCGUUGGCCCUUUGA